AUGGAGAAGGCGGCGGGGCGCCCAAGCAAGAAGGCUCGCAGGACAUCUGCCGACUCCGGCGGCCUAGCGGCGCUCGCCCUCCGCCUCUCCAACAAGUUCUCGGACAGCAAGGAGCACGAGGACCAGAACAUCAUGUUCUCGCCGCUGUCCAUCUACACCGCCUUGGGCCUCCUGGCGGCCGGCGCUCGGGGCGACACCCUGGACGAGAUCCUCGCCGUGCUCGGCGCGACGUCGCGGGACGAGGUCGCGGGGGUCAUGCGACUAGUGUCCAAGCACGCCCUCGCCGCCGAUGAUCCGUCCGGUCCGCUGGUCAUUACAUCCGCGUGCAGCGUGUGGUGCCACAAAGAUCUGCCGCUGAAGCCGGCCUACCGGAAGGCCGCCGUCAAGUACUACAAGGCGGACGCACGCGCCGUCGACUUUGUGAGGAAGCCGGAGGAUGCGAGGAAGGAGAUCAACAGGUGGGUCGCCAAGGCCACGAAGAAGCUCAUUAUAAUUACCUCCGUCCUACCACGGGGCUCAGUGCACCGCGACACCAGGCUCGUGCUCACCAAUGCCAUCUACUUCAAGGGCAAGUGGGACAACGCCUUCAGCAAGAGCCGCACCAGAGACCACACGUUCCACCGCCUCGACGGCAGCACCGUCCAGGUGCCAUUCAUGGAGGGAAGCAGCCGCGACAAGUACUUCGUGGCCGACCGUGACGGGUUCAAGGUGCUCAAGCUCCCGUACAAGAAGGCGGCCAAGAGCGGCGGCGGUGCGCGGUACUCGAUGUGCAUCUUCCUCCCGACGGCACGAGACGGGCUGCGUAGCCUUGCAGACAAGAUGGCGUCUGGCACGCCAGGGUUCCUGUUCGACAACCUGCCCAAUUGGUCAAGUGAGGUGAAGCUCCGGCUACCCAAGUUCAAGCUGUCCUUCUUCUGCAGCAUGAAGAAAGUUCUCAAGGGCUUGGGGCUCCGGGCGGCGUUCAGCGAGGGGGCCGAUCUGUCUGACAUGGUGGAGGAGGACUCAAGUGGAAACACUGUGCGGCUGCGGGUAGACGAUGUGUUCCACAGGGCGGUUGUGGAAGUGAACGAGGAAGGCACCGAGGCGGCUGCAUCCACCGCCAUGACCUUGGUAUUUUUAUGCGCCUCCGAGCCCGUUGAUUUCGUCGCCGACCAUCCAUUUGCCUUCUAUAUAGUGGAGGAGGUUUCCCGUUCGGUGGUCUUCGCCGGCCACGUCCUCGACCCUUCUGAAACCGAGUAA